AGAACCAUUGGAAGAUGGGACCUGGAAUGGCAUGGUGGGGAUGCUAGGCCGAGGCGUGGGUGAUAUCGGUGUUGCAAAUUUUUAUAUUACUGCUUUGGAGGGAAGAAGAGAGUUUACGGACUAUUCUACUCCCUUUGGUCAAGAGGAAUCUUGCUUCCUAUUGCGUAAGGAGGCACCCUCACCUCGAUGGCAGUCUUUGGCUCUGCCAUUUACAGGUGAUACCUGGUUAGGUAUACUAGUGGUGGUUUCUCUCAUGGGACCAAUAUUCUACUGUUUAGCUUCAUUUUCCACAACAAGAAAGGAAAGCCUAGCGGAACACUCACUCGUGUUCACCAGUCUGUACACGAUUGGUGUUACUUUGCGUGUGUCUCGCCCUUUUCUGCCAAACCAUCCCAGCCUCCAGGUAUUUCUGGUGUUCCUGUGGUUAUACGUGAUUAUUGUAACCGUGGCUUACUGCGCCAACUUGACGGCCUUCCUAACUGUGGAGCGUGUUCCUGAGGGUAUCACUUCCCUUCAAGAGCUCUACAACUCUCCUCUUCUUGUGUAUGGCCAAGGUCCAUUUUUUGGGGACAACAUGGCGGAGGCUAAGAAUCAAUAUGUCAAAGGUUUAGCCGACAGAUUUUUUGCUAUGUCAAAUAUUGAAGAGAUAUACAAGAAACUUAUAAGUGGCUAUGGAGUUUACAUAUCAUCCCGAAAUCAUCUGGUGUACACAGGCUCCUCCUAUGCGUCCUCAGUGGGUGUUCCCACGCUGAGGAUAAUACCUGAAUGCUUUCAACCUUUCAACGUGGCGAUAGGACUUCAAAGCCAUUCUCCUCUGAAGAGAUAUUUUGAUACGGCUGUGCUUUGGCUGACUGAAGGCGGGUUUCUGCACCAUUGGUUUGAUGAGACACUCCUACAAGCAAGAAUUUAUAGAAUGUCUGAAAAAGAAACGGAAGAGGAAGAUAAAAAUAUUAAAGGCAAUGCAAAAGAAAAGGAAUUCAGUGGAAUUCAGAAAAACAUCGCUUUGACUGUGGAACAUAUCCAAGGAACAUUUAUGAUCCUCGGUAUAGGAUGUGGAAUUUCAUAUUUAGCAUUUAUUAUUGAGUGUUCUGCGGUGACCUUGCUGCGAAAGUGAUGCCAAGAUGUUUUCUCCAUACAAACAGUUGAUGGAAUUUUGGCAAUAUUUACAGAAGGAUAGAACAUAAACUAUU